UUUUGUUCCAACUGUCGUUUUGAGUCGAGUCUUGCCAGUUGGCGAGCCGAUCCCAAGAGCCAACAAUGCUGCAUCACAAAAACAUCUCAGAAAACAACAGAAACCAAAAAGAAAGAGCAAUCACACAAACACAGCAAUCAGCUCACGCAAACGACGACGACAAGUACAGUACAAUGAUGCGAAAUAAGGAACGAAUCGUGACGUUGUGGAAGGAACGGCAGCGACGAAAGGCACCCCGUCAACAAGGCACGGAAGUGCAGGCACUAAAACAACUGGAGCGGAACCGAAGUUCGAUUGGUUACCCGAAAGAAGGCUUUGAGGUGAAGAUCGAGUUCAGUCUUCUCUACGCCAUGCUCUCCGCACCCGACACGUACCCAGCCGAAGUGGUUCACGCCAUGGUGGACGAGGAAGACUUUACACAGUACAUGACGACCAAAGACGGUGCUACUUCCUACGCUCAAUUGAGUGCCAUUCUGGCAUACGCCGCCGAAACCAAUCCACCGGAAGACGCCAAGGAAGAAUUGUCCGUAUCGCAGAAAUUGUGCAAGAAAAUUCUACAAACCGUCGUACGAUAUGCCGAAGCAAACGAGUUGGAUCGGGAGACGGAAAUUGACGAGUUGCUCACACCCGUCAAGAAAGUGGCGCGGGAACGAAUCGAACGAAAAGAAUUGGCCGCCAUUUUGCCACUCUAUUUGGGAUAUUCGGCGGCGCUCCUCACGGCCAAUCCUCUGCCGCUUCUGGUGGGUGCCAUGGGACUGGCAGCGGCACCGGGGUCGGCACAAGAAAUGCAAAAUAUGGACAAAAUUAUGAACGAAACAGAGCGAAAGACGGAUAUAGAACGAACGGGACUGCUGGACGAGGGAGAAGACUUUUGAGAGAAGAGUUGUUUAUUCUUCUUGCAGCCAACAGCACAUGGGAAGAGAGAAUCUUUCGUCGGGUGAUCGCCUCAUCCUUUUUGGAAGAAUGACAUUCAACAAUCACUGAUGCAUUCGAGGCAUUCUCUGCUCUUAGGCUGGACAGAGCAAUCCACGGUGCAGAACCCAAAAAGCAUCGCCAACAAUUCUCUGUAUUGUAAUAUCCCGACGUUCUGGCAUUGAAUACUGAACGAAUAAUUCUUAAGAUUUUGUUUGUAUAAUACUACAUCUUUUCCCCCUCUG